UUGAAUUAAAGUAAUCAUUUUGGCAUGAGUUUAUUUAAUUUUCCGCCUGUUUUAUUACGUUAAAUGCUUACGAAUACACUUUAACAGCUUAUAAACGUUUUUUUUUUACACUACUCCAGUAGGUGGCAGUGUUACGCCGAGCUAAAAACACAAGGAAGAGACGUCCUGCUUUCUGCUUCAAAUCAACAAGCGGGACAACUAAGCUAACAGUUAGCUCGUCUCCGUAAAACUUCAAUAACAUGGAAUUUAACGAAAGUCUCUUAAUUAAACGUAUCCACUCUGAUAAGAUAGCAAACUACCAGCAGCGGAUGACUCUUCACUGUCUACAAUGUAACACUGUGUUGGGGGACUCCCUCGGUGUCUGCGGGGAGAUUACAUUUAUGGACUCUGUCGUUUGUCUGAGAGUAACCGAUGAUGUGGUAGUCUGUGAUUCAAUGGACAAAGGACGUAAAGGGGAAAUGGCUAAUUGCAUCUACAGUUCUCUAAAAUGUCGCAGCUGCUGUUGUGCUGUGGGGAAAGUUAUUCACUCUGCCCCGUCGCGUUUGGCUGUGGUUCGCUCCAUGUUUCUCCUCCACAAAGCAAACAUCAGCUGUUACAUCCUCAACUGUCACUCAAUGGUGAAAGCAUCCACACUCACAUUUGACAUGAAGCCCCUCAGAGAAAACAUGAAUAAGGUGAGACAGCAGUUUGAAGCACAGCUGGAUCAGAUGUGUCGCAUUAAGAGCAGACUGAUGGACAGGAGCGUUACCAGCGAAUCAUAAUAGUAGUGUGCACAGGCAAUCUAGACUGAGUCCUCCUGGGACCGAAGACUAUGUGUUCCCUAACCUAUACUCUAAUCCCUCUUAUAGACUUGUUUGUGUUGUAAAUUCUUUGUUUUUUUUCAUUGUAUGAUUAUUACUGUAUGAAGCACUUUGUGUUAAAGUCCAUUUGUACAAAUAAAGCCUGACUGUUUUCAUAACAGCAUUCAGAUAGUGAAAGCAGACAUCAACCCGCAGCCAUCCAAUUGGCACCAUGCUGCAUUUUAUUGCUGAAUUUCUGAUACAGAUUCUCUUUUUUUUUCUUUAGUUAAUACAAAACCAGACAAGAGGCUCACACAUAAUAAGCAUGCCCAUUUCCU